UUAGAUGAAAUCUCUCAAAAAGGCGGAACCAAGCAGGCCUGAUGCGCUCAUCCGUGAGCCGUGGCCAGCAUGCAUUCUCAGAAUCCCCGGGCCAUCUUUGCGGCACCUUCGUCUCACGUACCUGAGCUCUGGCAAAGACAGAAAAGGGUCUCUGCACAUUCCUGUAAUCAAAGCUUGGCUCGCUGUUCACGCUCGAAUUGUCAUCUCGCGGGGCACGCAAUGUGAUCGACUGACUGUCAAUCCCACCGACCCUCCCUUGGCGUGGUUUCUCCGCGGCCUGACGAGCGUGUUGCCUCUUGGAAUUGAUGAGAAAUUUUGCUCGUGGUUCGCAGCGCUCUGCACAGACACUGCGACUGCCUCACACCCUCGGCCUUCACAAUUUCGUCUGCCGACGUGCCUCGUGACUCUUGAUCUGGAGCACACGUCGAACAAAUCACUCGCAAAAAGUCGUGCGAUUGCGGGUCUUUGGUACUUCCGUUUCGAAAGAUGGCAUGUGAAGCACACGUGGAGCUAGGAGCGUGCAGCGGCCCGUCGCAAGCGCGCAUCCUGAACAAGGCUGGUGGUCCACAUUCAUGCUCUCAAGGCUGCUUUUGACGGCCCUGCAUACAGCACGAUGUGCUUCAGAGGAUGUUUUGUGCCAUUUC